UGCGUGUUUCUGCUUCUGUUUCUCCUUCCUUCCUCCCCCGACCCUCUGCACCCGACGAGCCCCCCGUUACCGCCACCCAUUUCCGGCCGAAAAUCCGGCAAAGCUUGGGGAUUUCUCCCUAUUUUCUUGUUCUUGAACCCAAAAAUCCCCCCUCUUUGCUGGAAAUUCCAGAUCUGCGCUGUCUUCUCCCCUCUGUCUGUCGGCCUCUGCUUGUGUGGGUGUGGAUUCUCAGCUUUUCUGGUAAGAACAGCCAUGAUUUCAUCCUUUUAGCUUUGAUUUAAGUUGGGUUUGCCUUAAUUCCUCUUGGUUCUCCAUUUUUGGGUUGGUCCCGUGAGUCCCCUGCAGAGAAUUCCCGCCGGCUUCUUUCCCCUGCUAGCUCCGGUUCUUGCUGGAAAAUUCUGGUUUUGAUCGUUCUGUCACCGUAGCACUUGGAUUAGCCUUCUGUUCUGUGCGAGUGAGGUAAGUAAAUUAUGGUAAAGCCCUCUGAUUUUAAAGCAUGUUUUAAACUGUUUUUGAGAUGGUGGCAAGCUUUAAAUUGAUUUUAUUCGCAUCUGAGUGUGAUUUAAACCGAAAUGGAAAUUGUGAUGGUCUUUAUGGGAAUUUCAUUGUUUUUCGGAAUUGAGCAUGAUUGGAAUGAAAAUGGAAAUUUCAUUGUUUUCGGGAAUUGAGCAUGAUUGGAAUGAAAUUGUUUUCAUUGCAUUGAGUAGAGCAUGCCUAUUUGGAAAUUGACUGAACUGUUUUGAUGAACUGAGAGUUUGCAAAUUCUGAGUUUUCUGUUAAAUCCAUGGUCAUAUGGAAAUUUUCUGGUUUAUUUCUGAGAUUUGAGAUUGAUUGUGAAUUAUGGAUUUUUGGAAAUCCUGCAUGGUUUUGUCUCGGAUAUAGUCAUGAUUACUGACGCCCGCUAGUGGGAGCUGUAAAUGCUAGCACAUGUCGACAUGUAUUUCUGUAGAACCGGUUUGUCCUGCCAAUGGGAUAAAACAUUGGUACUAUUACUGACGCUUGCCAGUGGGAGUUUGUUAAACACUGGUACUUCUAAAACCCUACCAAUGGGGUUAAACAUUGGUUAUUACUUACGCCUACCAGUGGGAGUGUGUUAAACACUGGCACUAUUACUGACGCCUGCCAGUGGGAGUGUGUUAAGCACUGGUACUAUUACUGACGCCUGCCAGUGGGAGUUUGUUAAACACUGGCCAUGACUUAUAGAUGAGACUACUAAACUGAGUUUUCUUCUGCAUUAACGAUUUGUCAGGAAAUGUUUUGUUAUUAAACUGAAUCUGAUUUUGCAUUGACAGUUUAUCAUUGAAUGCUUUGCAACUGAACUGAAUCUGAUUUUGUCAUUGAGCGUUUGGUUAUAUUAAACUGUUUAUCAGGCAUGCUAAAAGUUUUACCCAAUGGCUAUCCAUAUUUACUUACUGAGUUAUCUCAUAGUUUUCCUUGUCCACCAUUUCAGGAAGCGAAACUGAAGACGGGGAAACCGAGGGGAGUGACGAGUUAGAAGGCUAGCCACUUGUAAUUGAUAUAGAUUUGAGAGAUAAAUAAUGAUAUUGUAAGCUAGAUUGGAUUGGAGAUUUUAUAAAUUCAUUUCGCGGAUUGUUAGUUUAUAAGAGAUUUGAUCUGGAGGUUUUGAGAUAAUUGAUUUGAGUUAUUGGAUGGUCAGAUGUGAAUUGAAUAAGUUCCGAGCCUUGUG